UAUUCUCGCAAACAAAGUAUCCAGAAGCUUUUGACCCUGACGAUGAAAAAUUAGAAAGUUCAACGACAGAGAUAAUCAAAUGCUCACGUUUUAACUUUUUUCUAUUGAAAGUCACGGUUGGUGCGAUAAGCAUGAACCUAGCCUCUAAUUCAGUUUCCAUUAAGUGUAUAUAUAUAAACUACAUAGUUUUAUCUGUUUGAUCCAUAUAAUUCCUGCAAAACAUCAUCUCUGUAAUAAAAGACUAAUCCCCUGAAGUAACAACUCUUACCGAUCCUCUCCAUGGCUCAAUCUCCUCAGAAAAUUAUCGUAGAAGAUCGUCAGGUCCCGCUCGAUGCUACCUCCGAGCAACCUGCUUUGUUUGUUGGAACCACGAGGUUGUACAUGAGCUACACCUGCCCGUUUGCACAACGUGUUUGGAUUACCAGAAACCUCAAGGGUCUGCAAGAGGAGAUCAAACUAGUUCCUAUAGACCUUUUUAAUAGGCCAGCUUGGUACAAGGAGAAAGUAAAUCCUGCUAACAAGGUCCCGGCCCUUGAACACAAUGGGAAAAUCAUAGGGGAAAGUCUUGAUUUAAUCAAAUAUGUCGAUAGCAAUUUCAACGGGCCUUCACUUUACCCCGAGGAUCCUGCGAAGAGAGAGUUUGGCGAAGACUUGUUGAAAUAUGUUGAUGCAACAUUCGUAAAAACUGUGUUUGGCUCUUUCAAAAGUGACCCGGUUAAAGAAACAGCAUCGGUCUUUGAUCACGUGGAAAAUGCUUUGAAGAAGUUUGAUGAUGGUCCAUUCUUCCUCGGCGAGCUUAGUUUGGUUGAUAUCGCUUAUCUCCCAUUUAUCGAACGAUUUCAAAUCUUCCUCGACGAAGUUUUUAAAUACGAAAUUAUAAUUGGACGUCCGAAACUAGCUACUUGGAUUGAGAAAAUGAAUAAGAUGGUUGCAUAUACGCAGACGAAAACCGACUCGGACUAUACCGUUAACUAUUUCAAGAAGUUCAUGUAAAAGUACCAAAUCAAUCGGAAUCGGACCGACUCGGAUUAUUAUACCAGAUACUUGAAAGUCGGUGUUAUAAUGAUCUGGAUUUGGUACUGUUAUUACUUUGAUAAUAAGAAAGAUUUGGUUAUUGUAUUUACUUUUACUUUAAUCAACAGAGAUAUGGUUACUUCUUCGUGCUUGGAUUUUCAAAUAAUAAAAUGGGCUCUGUUUAUGACUGA